CCACCACACAUCUCCUUCCCCAUCUCUGUUUGCCCCCGCUUGAGACAGGAGCUCCCAUGGCAUCGCCGCCCCGCGCCGCUGCUGUGAACCAGAGAGGAGCAGCAGCGCGCACCACCAGCUGCAUCCUUGCCGCAAACGCUCGGCGCUCGGCUGCGACGCAACACUCAGGCCGGAGGGCGGCCGCUCGUUUUUGUGCUGCCGGCGAUGCGGUACGGCGCUCGUCGGCGACCGUCGGUGCUGCAACGCAGCAACGCGUCCACGGCCGCGGGCUGCGACGCAACAACUCGUCCACGGCCGUCGUGCUGCGUUGGAACCGUGGUCGGUGCUGCGAUGCAACCUCGGCGUCUAUUGGUGCUACAAUCGUCGGCGGCGGAGCUGCAAUGGAGCGCUCGCCGGUGCCUCCCCUGUGCUUCGAUGCGGCGCACAUGCGACGAGUUUCCCGGGCCACCAAUGGCUCGAUGCAGCGUCUCCGGCGGGGUGGCGUAGCUGCAGUGCAACGGCGUGAUGCUGUGUGCCGGACCGGCGGAGCUACAGUUCAACACUCCGGUGGGUGGGCGGAGCUGCAGUGCAACGGCGUGGUGCUGCGCGCCGGAGCGGUGGAGCUGCAGUUCAACAUUCCGGUGAGCGGGCGGAGCUGCAAUGCAACGGGGCGUGAUGAUGCGUGCAGGGCGGUGGAGCUGCAAUGCACGUGGGCGCCACUGCAACAUGCGGAACUUGUCGGCGGCGGAGCUGCAACACAACAUGGGCGCGGCUAAGACACGUGGAUCUUGCCAGCGGCGGAGCUGCGAUGCUAUGCGUGUGGAGCCACGACCUGCUGAUCUCGCCGGCGACCGAAGCUGUAGUGCAACGAGCUGUUUUGUUAUGGGGAAGAUGACAGGUUGUUGUGGCGGCUGCUGCAAGGCGACAAUGGUGCAUGGCCGGUGCAGCUACACGAGAGUGGGAGGACCGGGGCGUUGAUGACGAGCUGCGGACGACGGAGUCAAUUUCGGGCUGAGAAAGUGGAAGGAUGCACCUAGCACAGCUGGCUUAAUCAGACGGCUGAGCAGCUCUCAUCAAACGGCUAGUAAGGCGGUUUACAGUUUGGCUCCUGUCAGCCGGAUGACGCCUAGCACCGGCCUUAAAUUAAGGCACUUCUGAUUUCUAACGUGAUUUAUCCUAAUCUCUAUUAUGGUAACAACAUAUCAGAAUCUAGCAAAUAUCAUCGCUGACCUCAGGAAUGAUGUUGUCCAGUGUCUUACCAAAAAUCCCAGCUCCUAGCUGCUCAUUGCAUUGCCAUGUUUAUGAACCAGGAGGCACUGAAGCAGCCCACAUGCAGCACGUGGUAAACCUUAUCUCUUGUUCAGUUCUUCUAUUUGAGAUUUAGGAAUCGACCAUGGAUGGAUUUAUUCC